GUCGUGGCGUCGUCUGCUAGUGUAGCCUGUCAAUAACUUUAGUAACCGCUGUUCUGCUGGUAUCAAAUAAACUCUUCUAGAACACUCGGUUACCUGUUCAUCAUCAUGGAAGAGUCUACUGAAACCAAAGAAACUGUCCAAGAGAUUGUUACACCCGAAGGUCAGGUUGGUGAGGAUACCGAAGAGCAUGAAGACAGCCAAAAAAUUAAAGUUCCAGACCCAAGCAUUGAUGAAGAGGCUGGAAAGAUGCAACCUUUGGAAACUCCAGACAAGGAUAAUAUCGAAGACACAACAUUGAUUGAAGGGGCCUGGGCUGAUAUUUUGGGCAGUGGUCAGUUGAAAAAGAAGACCGUCAAAAAGGGAAUACCAAACACCAGACCAACAACCAAUGAAAUAUGCACAAUUAAAAUCUCUGGCCAACUUGUAGAUGGUAAAGCUGUUGAUGUUCAAGAAAAGUUCUCUUUCCAACUUGGAGACUUGGAGGUUAUUCAAGGCAUCGAUCUCAUCGUUGCAUUGAUGGACUGUCACGAAAUCAGUCAAGUGGAGGUUCAGCCACGUUUUGCUUAUGGAAGUCUCGGAAAUGGCAAAGAUAUUCCACCGGAGGCCACCAUUCUUUACACAAUUGAACUGCUAGAGGUAUCUAAAGAAACAGAUUUAGAAUUGGUCAACAUCGACGAAAGACUCCGGAUAGGAAACGCUAAACGCGAACGUGGCAACUGGUGGUACAGCAGAGGAGAUUUUACGUCAUCUAUUCAGUGUUAUCGGAGAGCCUUGGAUUAUCUCGACACAGAAAAUGAAACAGAAACGGAUUCUCCAGAGAAAUUGCAAGAGAUCUUGGAUGACCGGCUAAAAGUCUACAAUAACAUGGCAGCAGCACAAAUGAAAAUCGAGGCCUACGAUGCAGCUUUGAAAUCAGUGGACAAUGUUUUGAGAUGCCAGAAAGACAAUGUGAAGGCAAUCUACCGCAAAUCCAAGAUUGUUACGGCCAUGGGUAAAAUGGGCGAAGGAAUAGCACUGUUGGAGAGGGCUUUACAUCUCGAUCCAUCCAGCAAAAUCGUCCAGCAAGAUUUAAUGCGCCUGCAAGCCAAGCAGAAAUUGGAAGUUCAGAAGGAGAAGUCUUUAUACAAGAAAAUGUUCAAUCUGAAUUCUACACCAGCACCCACCACUUCGCAGGGAAAGCCCAAAGUUAAGCUGACGGUGCCAUGGACAUUGAUGAUUGGAGCAGUGACUGCAGUCGUUGCGAGCUACGUUACAUACCGUUUCAAACUCUUCUAAAAUAUUUGUUGGUGGUUCGUGUGUAAGCUGCUGAUCAAAUAUCAAGUUGCUUUGGAAAAUUUCAAGGCCCAUCGACCGGUUUAAGUUAAAAAAAACAAUUAUUCGUCAUUAGUUUGAAUGGAAUCAUUCCCUUAUCUUGUUCGUAACUUUAAGUGGCCGCAAUCAUUUCUUUUUGCGAAAAAGUAAUAAAUGCCUUCCUUAAAA